AUGCUGCCCUCUACUGGUGAAAUUUAUGACUUCAAACAAACACGCACCAUGCCGUUCUUGGACCUGCAGUCUCGGCUGGGUAUAAACCUGGACCAGUGGAUCCUGCAGCAGAGUGGAGCUCAGCCCAACAAGCGCCCGGCACGCUGCCACGCCUUCGAGAAGGAGUGGAUCGAGUGUGCGCACGGCAUCGGACAGACGCGAGCCAAGAAGGAGUGUCAGAUGGAGUUUGAGGACUUCUAUGAGUGCAUGCACCGGCAAAAGACGUUUCAAAGACUGUACACGAUCCGCCAGCAGCGAGACAAGAUGGUGAAAGAAGGAACCUACACGCCUCCUCCGUGUCACUCAGGAGCCGGAGACGAGUGA